GAGGUACCAAGAGAAGAACAACUACACCUUGGCCAACUUGAUGUUGUCCAAGUGGGAAUUCUUCAAGAUCAGUGCCGAACUGGCAACUCGAGUUGAUGAUAAGGACGGUCGCUCCACCCUUGGCUCUUGCGGCCUCUUGUGGUGCAAAGAGGAGCUCACGCCCAACCCACGCACCUGUGAGUGCGAGAUUGUCUUCACGCAAGACUUCAGGAACUCCACGUUUUGCCUCUUCGUGGUAGAUAACCGGCGGAGGUCUUCAUUGAGGAAUAUCACCUCCAUCCUGAAUGCCAGGUAUUGGACCUUGUCGUACGGCAUCAAUUGGGCCUAUGCGCAGGAUCAUGGCUACGAGAUCGAUUAUGUUCAGCCGGAUCCUGUCCUUCACUAUCCCGACAGAAAGAUUGGUUGGGCCAAAGUGAAGGUCAUCCAUGAUGCCUUGCGGGAGCGAGGGCCCGAGCGCUGUAACUUCGGGGUGUCCUUGGACUCGGACGCCUUUAUUCGCACCUCGGAGUCGCUGAGCGCCAUCGUGGAAGAUUAUGGCAUGCACGAGGACAAGCAGAUCCUCUUUUCACAGGAGUAUCACAUGGAAGAGGGCCUUCGGAAAGACCAGCAGGACUUCAUCAAUGGUGGAUUCUUCAUCGUACGGAACUCCCCGGAAGGGUUGAAGAUCCUGGACGAUUGGUACAACGUUCCGGAGACUCACGAGGACAUGGCGCAUUUGAAGAAAGAGAACCCCCAAGGCUUGAACUUGUGUUGGGACCGCAAGAUGCAGCCCAAGUAUGCUGAUGUACCAAGGUCGGGACUACCUUGGGUGCUGCGGGAGGAUUGCCUGCUGGGCGGAACGGAAGCUGUUUCCAUCAAAAGUCGAAGUAUCAAUGUACCACCCGGGAAACGGCUGGUCAUUGACUUACAGAGCCAGUUGCACAUCGAAACGCAACUGCUACGGCUGGAUGGUGAACUGUGGGUCGGAUGCGUCGAAGACGCCUUCGUGGGAGAUUUCCAGCUACAGCUAUCAGGGCUUGAUGAGUUGCUUGAGACUUUUGAUUCUUCACGCGCGGGUUUGCCAGAUUUUCCACCACUAGCACUCUCGCGCGUUUUGUUCGUGAGCAACACCGGGCGUUUGGAACUACACGGCAGGCCCAAGUUGUCUUGGACAUAUCUGGCUGCCAGCGCUGCAGCUGGCACUCGGCGAAUACGGCUGGAGCAUCCAACUGCCUGGCAGAGGGGUGAUGAAAUUCUGAUGGCUCCCACUGGCGCUGCCUCAACCUUUGGGACACAUCGGAUUGCGAAGGUGUUGACUUCCAGUGACCUACUCCUCCAAACUCCGCUGUCCACUGAUCACCUGGGUGCCUUCCGCGACGCGGGGCGGCGUCUCAAUGGUGCGGUGGCGCUGCUGGGGCGCAACCUGCGGAUAUCAGGCGAAAAAUCCCGUGGCUUUGGUGGUUAUAGAAGAGCUGGAUAA